AUGGCAGAUCGCAAGGCCUUUCCGUCAGGCAUGAAGGAUUUGGGGGAUUACCUCCACCGCCUCGGCUUCAAGUACGGGAUCUACACUGACCGAGGCUACAAGACUUGUGCGAGCCGACCCGCAUCCAUGGGCCACGAAGCAGAGGAUGGCAGGCUGUUUGGCUCUUGGGGUGUCGACUUCGUCAAAAACGAUGGCUGCGUAGUGGAGACACGAUGGCUGCCUGGCUGCAUGGAGCCGGCAGAGCUUUGCAGACUUCGCCUGCAUGGCUCUUGCACGUUGGCGGAGACUAAGGAAGGCUAUCCGGAGUCGGGAAAGUGCGACGACAAGGGAAAGCGUGCUGCCGUGCGCAAGUAUCGCUGCUUGGCCGAGUUGAAGCGCUUAAGGCUGUUGGUGGAAGCUGGGUGCUUACUCCUGUCGCCCAUGGGUGACUAUCUCACGCUUGAGGAUGCACUGGUCGUCUCAUACACACCUGAGGCGCUGAACCGGAGUGGUGCACUCCAUUUGUGGAUGGAAUCCAUGGUAUGCGCCGGUGGGACGACAAAUUGGUCAGAUAUUUGCAUCAUGGUCUGCUUAACCUUCGGCUCAAGUGGCCUUGUGGCACAGAUCUAUGUGGGUCUGUCAGAGUGUGCUUGCAUGCUCACCCUACGUUGCCGCAGCCUCGUCUUUACAGAGGAGGUGCUCCUUUCUUACCUCGGAGAAGCAGUGGAGCUGCACAAGAACGCUGAGGAUGCCCCAGGAAGGAGGCACGUGAGCGGACCAGAGGCUCCAGCGCUCCUCCGUUCAGAGCGGCGGGCAAUAGCAGUCUCAGAUCAAGGAGAGCCCAGCGGCCUGAACGAAGAACUUCUGCAGUUGGAGAGCGAGGUUAACUCCUACGAGACGUCUGCUGCAGAAGAUGCCGCUGGAGAGAGUGAUGAAGACAGCCCAAAAGUGGUGGCAUGUGCCGGAACUGUCCAAGGAGCAGUGCCGCAUGGCUUCGAGUACCCUGAGAACUACCCCAGCGAUCCAGCUUGGACCGUGAAGGACAUCUGGAACAGCAACAAGCUUGGUUUCUAUGGCCCUGGUGUGGCGAAUGCCAGAUAUGCUGCGGUCACACUCGCAGAGCAUCAGCCAAUGGGUGGCUACUACUACAUAGUGUUUGGAGACCGGCUCCCGAAUCAAACGGCAGAGAUGAAGCUUGAUCUUCCGAUGAGCGACUGCGAGUUCGGCGAUGCGGCGAAGGUCUACAUGCGGACGGGCUCACGCGCAGACUCUGAACCACGGGCCUCCGGCAACGUUACCACUACAUGGAAUGGAACGACCUGGCGGCUCUACGAGAACCCUGCAGCACCUCGUCCAGCUCCCAAAGAGGAACAAGAGGAGAGUACGAUCUUCCCAUUCAUCAAGUUUCCGUCUCUGGAUGCGGCAUCGAACUUGACGACCAAGCAUCCCGACCACACCGCGUUCGCAAACAAGACCCCGGAGGAGGCAGUUCCUCCCGACCCCUUCGUCAUCAAGAUCAAGGGCUUGUCAGCCCCUGCCACCACCACGGGAGAGGCCUCCCUCAACAACGACGUGUCCCAGAUCAAGCAGACCUUGCAGGAAGUCUGGCAAGAGAUCCAGACCUUGAAGCUCGCCGGCGGGAACAUGGAGGGUUUGUCGGACAACAUACCUUCCGGCUUCGACCCGGAGGAGGACGUGGUGAACAUCAAGGACCUGUACCUCGCUGGCCGGCUGCAUCCCAAGAAGGGGCAUUUCCAGAUCGAUGCCGAUGGAAGUUCCAGCAUCCACGAAGAUGGAGUGAAUCUGCGUCUGGAUCCAGGCACCUUCCCCUCGCCACUCAGUGGGGACAACGAUCUCUACAUGAACCUGGCGGGCUAUUCCUGCAGCAAGUUCUGGGGAACGCUGCGCAUCACCAAAGACCGUCCGGAGGGUGCCAAAGGAAUCACCUUCUUCGCCUUUCAGGACAACAAGACCGUUGCGUCGGUGCUCGUGGGCGGCAAGGUGAAGCGAGACUUCGGUUUCCAGUAUCGCUUGAACCCGAAAGCCAACAACAUGACCAUCCGCGUUCAUGACCACGGCACUCCGGACAAGGACUUCUUCGAGGUCGAGGCUUACUUGAGCUGCAAGGUGGAUUGUGGCGGGCGGGCCCUGGACACGGACAGUGGCUCAUGUGAGAGCUUGGGCCACGAUCAGGUCCGUUGCGAGUUGGCAGCGGAUCCUCACGGCCGGCCUUGUCAAUGGAACGGCGCUUCCUGCCUGAGCAUUGCCUCGGGCAGAUGCUCCCGCAACUUGGUCAUGAGAUGUGCUCUGUCUUUUUUCUACCACGUCGAACCAAAAAAGCCAUGA